AUGGGUGAAGGUCUACUACGUCUUCCAUUCAGUUUUCCGUGCUUUUUAAUUACCCUCUCGCCUCCUUCCUGUCCCGCCUCACUCGUCCUCCCGACUCACUCGUCCUCGCGCCGUCCGUCCCAACGCCGUCCCGUCGCCCGAAUUGUCGCCUCCAUCGACGUCGCCCUCGCUGUCUCCCGUCGCGGCCCUCCCCUCAGUUCGCGUCGCCACGCUAUCUCUCCCCUCCCCUCCCAUCGCCUUUCCUCUCCGGUUGCCUUUCCUCUCCCGUUGCCCUUCCUCCGUCGCUUUCCUCUCCCUUCGCCUCUCCUCUCCCGUUGCCCUUCCUCCGUCGCUUUCAUCUCCCUUCGCCUUUCCUCUCCCGUUGCCCUUCCUCUCUCCCGUCGCCCUUCCUCUCUCCUGUCGCCUAUUCUCUCUCCUGCCGCCCUUCCUUCCUCCCGUCGCCCUUCCUCUCUCCCGUCACCCUUUCUUUCUCCCGUCUCCUAUCCUCUCUCCCGUCACCCGUCUUCUCUCCCGUCGCCCCUCCCCUCCCGUCUUCCUCUCUUCCGUCGCCCUUCAUCUCUCCCGCCCCAUCACCCACCUCGACGUCUUCGCGCUCGCCCCGAAAUGCCUGCCCGUCGCCCCAUGAUCGUCGGCCCCUCUCGCUUUUCCCUCGCAGCGUUACUCUCCCCGUCACAUAUGCCCUCGCUUUUUUCGUCGCUCCUCGCGGCACCCUCGUCGCCGCCUUCCCAUCACCCUCGUUGCCUUCUCUCUCCCCCCAUCACCCUUUUUCUCUCGGUUCGUAUCACCCCUCUUAUCACCCUCACACUCUGCCCUCACAUCGUCCGUCACCAUCGCGUCACCCUUUCUCUCUCCCCUCACAUCACCCUCCUUGUCGCCGCCGCCCUCCCUCUCGUUCUCCCCUCUCGUUCUUCCCGUCGCCCUAGAUGCAGCCGUCGCAAUUUCCUCUCCCACCCACCAUCACCCACCCCAUCGCCUUCCCGCUCGCCACAAAAUGCCUUCCCGUCCCCCACCCACUUUCUCCUCCCAUCGCUUGCCUCGUCGCCUUCGCGCUCGCACUCAACCCCCUCCCAUCGCCCUUCCUCUCUCCCUUCCCAUCACCGACCUCGUCGCCCUCAUGCUCGCUCCGAAUUGCCUUCCCAUCGCCUUUCGUCUCUUCUCCCCAAUCAUUAG